AACAAGAGCACGUGGUACAUGCAAACAUCCGGUUUUUCAGAAAAUGGAAAUAAAACUGUAACAACGUGUUGACACAUUCUCUGACGGGCGGAGGAUUGACAAACUGUUUUCUGUCGCUGUCUCCCUGUCGUUGAAAUGUGAAGGUGCGCGUUCCUGGCUCGUAUAGACAGGGUGUGCUUUGUGUCUCCCUGCUCGGUCCAGGCUGUCAGCUCACUGGGUUUUACGGCAGAUGGAGGCUGGAAGUCUCGUCUCGCACAGAGAGGACAUCUCCUCACUGUUCCCACAGCAAACACCCGGGGCCAAGUAUAAAGAUCUGAGCAGCCAGUUCUCCUCUGUGAGGAAAGUGCGUGGUGAUGGAAACUGUUUCUACAGAGCCUUCUGCUUCUCUCACAUGGAGUCCGUCCUACAUAACACUAGAGCUUUGCAGAGCUUCAAGGACAAAAUAAUCCAAAGCAGUGAAGUGUUGUCCUCUGCAGGAUUUGAUGAGAGCCGCUUCAAACAACACCUGGACACGGUUGUCAAUGUGGUGGAGCAGUGCCAGGCUGAUGAGCAGGAAGACGCUUUGCUGAGGCUCUUCAAUGAGCAGAUCACCUCGGAUGGCGUGGUGCAGUAUCUCAGGCUGCUCACUUCGGCACACCUGCAGAGCCACGCAGACUUCUUCUGCAACUUUGUGGAGGCGCCCAAUCUACACGCAUACUGUCGUCAGGAAGUGGAGGUGAUGGCCAUGGAGUGUGAUCACGUGGACAUUCUGGCUCUCUCUGAGGCUCUGGACAUUUGCACACAUAUCGUCUCUAUGGAGGGUGAUGAACAGCAGUUGGCUCACCACAUGAUUCCAGAGGGUGCUGAACCUUCCCUGCACCUCCUCUACCAAACGUCUCACUACAACAUUCUCUACCCACAACCUCAGCAAUGACCAGCGAUACGUCACACCCCUGCACAACUCAGGAACCUUGACUUUGGUUGAAUACA